ACACAGAGGCAGUCUGACUGGUCUGUCGACCAAACCACUGGGUGCCGCCUGUGGAUGUAACACGGAAGAGUUAAUUCAAGGAAUUAUACACGGGAGAAACAGUCGAGAUAGAAGCACAAGGAGCGCGUCGGGAGUUACAGCAAACCUUCCUAAAGAACGAUAUUCCCCGAAGACGAGACAAAUGUGUCUUCAUAUACACAUUCGGUGCAUAACGUCGGAUAAAAGCUGAGAUGUCUGGAAAGAAGAAACUUCAUGGAUUCUUUGUCGUUUGGUCAAUACUUUCCGUGUUCGGCGAAAAACCCGGUGACGGCUGUGGUCACUCCGUGCUGGGCCCGGAGAGCGGCGUCCUCUCCUCCAAGAACUACCCGGGAACCUACCCCAACAACACCUGGUGUGAGUGGAAGAUCCAGGUGCCGCAUGGCAAGAACCUGGUACUCCGGUUCGGUGACCUGGACGUGGAGGCACGGGACUGCCAGUCGGACUACGUCAAGGUCCUCAAGGGGGGCUACGGAGGCAGUGCAUCUGAGUUCUGCGGCAGCCUGAAGCCUAACCCCAAGGUGCACACAAACUCCAAUGAGGUUAUCGUCCAGUUCCAAAGCGGACGUCACAUCUCGGGCCGAGGGUUCCUGCUGUCCUACUUCACAGGAGAUCACAAAGAUCUGCUCACAUGUUUGGACAAAGGCAGCCAUUUCUCUGUCUCAAAAUACAGGAAGUACUGUCCGGCAGGAUGCAAAGCUGUGGCAGGGGAAAUAUCCGGUGACAUUUCCCAGGGUUACAGACAUACGUCUGUGCUGUGCAAGGCUGCGGUCCAUGCUGGGGUUAUCCUGGAUGAGUUAGGAGGCUGGGUAUCCGUAGAGACCCACAAAGGCCUGAGUCACUACCCAGCCACUAGAUCUAAUGGGAUCCAGUCAAAAGACGGCUCUUUGUCUGAUGCUCUCUUCAUGUUUGUCACAAAUGACUGCAGGAACCAGUCUGUCCUGCGGCCUGUGGCUGUGACUGCCAGUUCCUGGUGGCAGAAAGGAGGGGAGUUUGGCCUUCUGUCCGGCUGGGCGCCCAACAGCUCCCAGGCUGACCCAGGAUCAGUGGGGCACACCUGGGCUGCAGACCAGAAUGACAGCCUGCAGUGGCUCCAAUUAGACCUGGGCGAGAAGAAGAGGGUUACAGGAAUUAUCACAACUGGCUUUACUAUUUUGGACUUCUAUGUGAGGAGCUUCAAGAUCGAUCACAAGGAGCGGAAUCGGUGGAAGGCAUACACAAAGGACAACCGCAGUGACUACAUGAUAUUUGAGGGAAAUCAGGACAGCGUGCAUCAGACCAGGAACACCUUAAAUCCACCAAUCACAGCCCGCUACCUGCGCAUUAUCCCUCACACCUGGCACCAGAAGAUUGCCAUGAGAGUAGAGUUAGUGGGGUGCCCGCAUGUCAAAGUGACCCCGGUACCCAUGGAAACGGUACCCACCAAACCCAAGCCUCCAAUGACGGUCGAGGAGGUGACGGAGCCGGUCCCCUCUCAGACAGACCUCGUGAAGCUGGCCAUCAUCAUUGUACCGACCGGGUUGUCUGUGGUGAUCCUGCUGAUUGGGCUUUGUGUAUUCAAGAUGCUGCAGAAGAAGAAGACAAUGGAGAACGCGUAUGGACCCUCCGAUGCCCAGGAAACAGGUUGCUGGAAGCAGAUAAAGCAGCCAUUUGCCAGGCACCAUUCUACAGAAUUCACGAUCAGCUACAACUCCGAGAAGGACCCCAUGGAAAAACUAGACCUGGUCACCAGCACCAUGGCAGAAUACCAGCCGCCUCUGAUUGGAACAGGCACAGUGAGCAGGAAGGGCUCCACGUUCAGACCCAUGGACACGGAGACCCGGGAGGACCCCAGCGACGCCACCACCCACUACGACUACCUGCACACAGCCAACCAGUACGCGCUGCCCCUCACCAGCCAGGAGCCAGAGUACGCCACGCCCAUCAUCGAGCGCCACAUCUUCCACAAGGAGGGUUUCCUGCCCGACCCGGCUAGCUACAGUGUCCCAGGGGUGGUCUUAAGCAAGACCCCGUCCUUUAAAACCCUGGAGAGGAAGGCAGGGGUGGGCGCCUCCAGGGUUUACCAGACCCCCCAGGUCAAAACCGACCGGGGACACAGUAACUCUGAGGGGGUCUAUGACAGCCCCAAGGUAAAUAAACCUGUUGCUAAGAGCAGCGGAGGCUCAGACUACCAGAGGCCCCAGGCCAAGCCGGCCGUGAUGGAGAGCUAUUCAACCCCCAGGGACUGUGUAAGGGUGGCCCACAGGCCUGACUAUAGACUGGACCCUGAAGGCAGCUCUGGUGGGACCUGAGGACGGGGGGAGGGGGGAAGUGUCUGGGACUCCAGGAACUGUCGAAAUGUGUGUCCCUAUCAGUUCCCUGUCGUUUUGGAACAGACCUCAGCUUAGGAACCACUACUGAACGUUUUGCCAUGUGGGAAACGUCAGGGUUUAUUUGUAGGAAAAGGACCUCGACUGGGUGAACUGGAGUCAUUUUGUGAACCGAUUUUAGUUUUGAGAUGAAUAAUUGAAAACCUCCCCUCAUUCUACUCACUCUGCAGUGAGGCUCCUUUCGGUUGUGAGGAAGCAGAGGGCUUGUUGAGUGGCGCAGCACCCCAGAUUAAAGUAGCAGAUAUGUGUAUCCCUCACUUGGCCCACUAUGGCAGUGUUUUUCCCUAGCUGUCAGUCGGGGACCACUUUGUUCAAUGAGGCUUCACUGUGAGGGCCGUCACAAGACAAAAUACAGCAAUAUUUAGUACAGGGAGUGGGGGGGGCGGGGGGGGGCACGUCAUGAGCCACACUGAAGGCCGUCAAGGGACUGUCUGAAACCCAGGGCCCUGCAGUAAAGACCACUGCACUAUUCCUGGAUGAUUAGGCAGUCGGUCCGUGGAGCUGUGUUUUAACAGAACCGUAAGGACACACUUCAUGGAGGUACUGAAAGGACCGACUUCACUGCAUGAGGUCCACCACAAUAGGGGCUUUGUCAUGCCCCAAAGCCCAACUCUGCAUCACCGCUCCACAUCAAUGUCUGACGGCAGAUCUGGUCCAUGUGAGUAGGGAGCCUAUGAAGAGGCACCAGGGGAGAGGGUGUACAGUUAGUCUAACAUGUUGGGGAACAGCCAGCAGGGGGAUUUAGGAGGCUACAACUGGACUACAGUUAGAUUAUCUGUUUGAAUAGACUAGGUCAAUGACUACUGUAAAGAUGAGUUGUUUUCAAAUGGAUGUUGAAUACAAAGCCAUGUUGAUUUGUGCCAUUACUACAGCGUGGUAGUGUGUGUAUGUGUGUGCAUAGUUUGAAAAAUGUGUAUUGCCAAGAGGACAGGAAAUAGAAAUAUUAAGGCUGUCCUGUGCUGUGGACUGUAUUAAAAGCACCUGUGUGGUGUUGCUGCUGGGUAUUGACAACAGACAGGAUGGAACCAAGAACUCAUUUCUGUGAAAUACUUGUGGGGGGGAUCUUUCAAGUGGGUUGUGUGUAAGAACAGAAGUGUCCGCGUCUGUUAUUUGCAAGACGUUCUUCUCUUCAGACUGGUCUCUCCGUGAUACCUGUCACUCUCAUUCAAAGCUGUCUGUUGGCUGUAAGCUGAGCCCUGAAUAAAAGUGGCAGCAGUUGA